AAGCCAAGAGAGGAACUGUGUCUCUUUCUUUUCCUUUCGAUCUCUCUUUCUCUCGAUUACGCUCGCGCUUAGCUUUCUCUGUCUGUCAGAACGUGGUUGUGAUCUCCUGUGGCCGGAGAGCAGCAAGCCGUCGUCCAUUUUUUUGCAGGAUCUCAGCCUUCAACGGACAUCCACUCCAAGGAAAUGAGACACACAGAAGGAUUUCGGUGACUGUAAACCGAGUCUGCCUGUCUUGCGGAACUGUCCUCUUUUUCGCUUGCCAUUCUCGUUCUCGCCUCCUCGCUCGCUCCGCUGUGGCCUUCGUCCGCCUCCUGUCAUCCGCUUCGUACCUCUUGGCACUUCUAUUUUCUUCUCGCAACUAACAUAAGCUCGUCAUCCUUGCUGUUCACCGCUUUCACCUUCCUCUUCUCGCGUCGCCUCUGUACUGAAUAUUCUUCCUUUUAAUCCUCAUUUCAGUUGUCGUCCCCGCGCCUCCGCGAUCGUCCAUCACACAGAAACCGGCAGAAGAGCGAGAAGAAAAGAGGAAAAGAGGAGAGACGCGUGAAAGGCGAAGAGAACAGAGGCAUGGCUGAAGGAAGGAGGUCAAGUUGGGAGAGAAAUGUUGGCAGCGUCGUUCAAAGAAGUCCCUGAUAUGGACGAAAUCGACAAUGGAACUUCUUACAAACUGUCGCCUUCAGAGAUCCGUGAUCUCCUUCAUCGCUGGCGAGGCUUGCGUCACCUCCCACACCUCGGUGAAGAGCAUGAUCUCGAAGACGUCGCCUCCCGCUUGACGGCCGUCCAGUUCCCCUGCGACUUUCUGUGGUCAUCGGUGAUCUCGGCGCCAUUCUACGCGCGUCUGCUCCACGCGGCGUUUCUGCCUAUUGGCCAUCGCGUGACGCUGAAGAGAAAGAGAAAACAGGAGGCCAAAGGCGCGCGGAUGAAAGUGGAAGCUUCGCAGGUGCAGGAAACGAAGGAAACAGCAGAGGCGAACAACGCAGCCCCCCUCGCAGACGAAAGGGGAGAAGAACAACGCGCUGCAGAGUCAGAAACAGCAGGCGCACAGCCGGAAAGAGACACAGCGAGGGACCCUGUUGUCGAUAGGAGACUCGAGGAGAGACCAUGCGGAGCAGGCAACAGAGAUGACGAGGACCGAGAGGAGGAGAUGGAGCGAUACGGAGCGCAGACAGACGAGAAGGAGGAAGAGACAGAAGGGGAAAAAGAGGAAGAAGAGAAGGAAGAGGAAGGAGCAGAAGAAGAGGGAGAGAGCAGUGAGGAAGACGAUGACAGUUCGUUGGAUGACAGCGAGAGCGACGAAGAAGCGGAUGCCGAGGACGAUAGGGCCACCGAGGGCGACAAACAGAGACAAAGGCCUGGUUCUCCAACCUCGCGCGACCCUAUGUACAUCCUCUUGCCGAAGCUUCACCAGGAGCGCUGCUGCCUCCUGCUGGAUCAGAUGACUCCGCAUAUAAGCCGAAACACGAGGAAACGCGCGAAGCGAUUCUGCUUCUCGAUCGACAGGGACUUCGACGGGGUGCUUGCAGGAUGUGUGAGACAGCACGGAGAAGGGUGGCUGUACCCGCCAGUCCGGCAGGCUCUGAGGGAGUUGCAGAGGAUACAGCUGAGACGACGGUUGCGAGAAGAGAAAAGCCGGCACGGGACCGGACGCAUGCAACUGGGUGAAAUGGAGGACGAAGGACGAAGGGUGGACCUCAGAAGCGAAGAAGUCUCGGUUCAUUCCAUCGAGGUCUGGACAAGAAACGAUGCAGCCAACGCGACUUGCGGCUUGUCUGGACAGCGGAAAACUUCCUCUAAACACCCAGAACGUCACUACACGCAUGGAAAGAACCUCUCUGGAUCAUCGGAACCCACCUCGUCUUCGUCUUCUUUCUCUUCGUCUCGCUGUUCUUCUGACCUCCGUAGCCACGUAGCUGCUUCCUCUCCUCCUUCGGGAUGGUCUUUAUGCGCAGGAGAGAUCGGCGUUCGAAUUGGCGGCGUGUACACUUCAUUGACGGGUUUCAGCUUUGUGAAUGAAGCUGGAAAUGUCCAGCUUGCGGCACUAGGAAUUCUCUUGAAACUCAUUGGUAUUCGCCUCUGGGAUGUCGGCAUGGAGCUCGCCUACAAAAAGUCUCUCGGCUCACAGACUCUGCCGCGCCCGGAGUUCCUUCGCCUCUUCCGCGUAGCUCGGGGGAUUCCUGCAAAUCCGCCUCUGACCACAGAGACAGCACGCAGGCUCCUGCAAGCAGCGGGAGCGAAAGAGGUGCAUGCGCUUCGGGAGGGCAAUGGCUCACCAAGGGUGGGACCGAGGCUGCAAGAAGUCGGGCCACAAGCAGGGGAGACACGGAGGGAUUCAUCUCAGCCUCACGGCAUCUCAGGGGAUGCGGGGACAAGCCUGGAUUGUUACACCUCACCCUCACACUGCUCUGUCACUCCUUCCUGCUCGUAUCCUUGUUACUCUUACCGUUCCUCUUCGUCUCCUCAUUUCUGUGUGCCUGCUUCUCCUGCUGCUUACCACUCGAAUUCGUUUCUUGGAGGCGGGGAGGUUUUAGGAGGGACAGGGUGGCCUGCUGGUUGUGAGCGAGGAGAGGAGAAGAACGAGGUGGAAGAAGCGACGCUGUUGAACUGUGACUGCUUCGUUGAGAUUUACCGGCGAGAGCAGGAGAGAGAAAGCAGGCGCCAGAAAGAAGCAAACAUCAGCCGGGAAUCCGGGGAGCGAAAGCGGAAAUCGGCAGAGAAAGACAAGCUGAAAGCAACUGUGUGAGUUCGGACUCUGUGUCACUGGGACGGAAAACGCGGAGCACUUGGAGAGCGAUUCCGAUGUAUGUGCAGGUCUCGAAGUUCAUCAGAUCUGCAUAAAAAGGAUUCAGGUUGAAGAGCAAGUUUCAGUCGUUACCUCUCGUGAACAGGAACAGUUUUUUCCGCUGGUGAUGGUGGUGCUUCCUCCUCUAGACACAUUUCUUGUGGGGGAAACCUGCCAAGCGUUAUUACUCGGUUUAAAUAAACGGCAAAACAACACCACUAUUUGAGGUCGAACGCUCAAGAAACUUGGGUGUCUACUCUUUGGCGUCUAGGGUUCAGCGUUUUCUGUUGAGGUGUCCGACCUUCGUGUUUCCUGCCGGGUCGUCUCGGCGCUUGAUGUUUUGAAGGCCACGAGAAGGCCUAGACGGCAAGACAAAGAUGGCGGAGGAAGGCGUCGACUUUGCAACCGAAAACACGAGUUACUAGUUCUGCUGAGACCUAAUGCUGCCC